GAUCUAUUCAAUUACAGAUUUUUCCAUUUAGCUUUAAAGUACUUUUCUAACUCCUUAGCUAUCGGUGCAAUAGCUGCUAGUUAAUAAAUACAGAAGCAAUGUCAACUGAAACGCAAUUAGACACAGAUCCUUGUAUUCUGACAAGGCAUAUAAAUGAAAGUGGUAGAAAAGCUGGCGGAACUGGUGAAUUGUCACAAUUAUUGAAUAGCAUUUGUACUGCUGUGAAAGCUAUCUCUGCAGCUGUAAGAAGGGCUGGAAUUGCAAACUUAUAUGGCAUAUCAGGUACGGAAAAUGCAACUGGUGAUCAACAGAAAAAGCUUGAUGUACUUGCUAAUGAUUUGAUGGUGAAUUUGCUCAGGUCAUCUUACAGUACAUGUCUGAUGGUCUCCGAGGAAAACGAUAAUGUGGUUGAAGUUGAUUUAAAAAAGCAUGGAAAAUAUAUUGUGACAUUUGAUCCUCUGGAUGGCUCAUCAAAUAUAGAUUGCCUGGUAUCCAUCGGAACAAUAUUUGGUAUAUUCAAAAAGGCUUCUGAUGGACCACCUACUGCCGCUGAUGCUCUUCAGCCUGGAAAUAAUUUGGUGGCAGCUGGUUAUGCACUUUAUGGAAGUGCUACUGUCAUUGUGAUUGCAACAGAGCUAUCAGUGGACAUGUUCAUGUUGGAUCCUAGUAUUGGUGAAUUCAUAUUAACACAAAAAGAUAUCAAAAUCAAAAAGAAAGGAAAAUAUUUUAGCAUCAAUGAAGGAUAUACGAAGUACUGGGAUCCUGCUAUAAAGGAAUAUGUUGACAGGAAGAAGUUUCCACAAGAUGGUGGUAAACCGUACAAUGCUCGCUACAUUGGUUCAAUGGUAGCAGAUGUACACAGGACUCUGGUUUAUGGUGGCGUAUUUGCUUAUCCAGCACACAGCCAGAGCCCAAACGGAAAGCUACGUCUUCUGUAUGAGGCUGGACCCAUGGCUUAUGUACUGGAGAGAGCUGGGGGAAAGGCAACUACUGGACACCAACGUAUUAUGGAUAUAGUCCCAGAAAACAUUCAUCAAAGAGUCCCAGUUUUCUUGGGGUCACCUGAUGACGUUGAUGAAUACUUGGAAAUUGUGAAAAAACACAAAAAUUAUGUCGCUAAUGAAAAAUAAUUUGAUACAGUAUUCAUAAAAAAUGCUCUUUAAUUUUUCUUUACCUCUACAAACCUGACAUGUGUGAUAGUAGCAUAGUUACAUAUGAUGAUAAAACAGGAGUGAAUAUUUGCCUUGAAUAGUGCCUUAAUUUCAUUCAAGCAGUAAUUGUGCGCUUACGACUUAUAUAUUUCCUAUUAGCCAUUCAAUAAAUAUCCAACCUACCAUAGGUGUUAGAAAUUGCA